AUGUCUGGAUUACCGCAGCGAAUUAUCAAAGAAACACAGAAACUACUCGGCGAGCCUUGCGAUGGCAUAACUGCAUUCCCCAGCGAAGACAAUGCCAGAUAUUUCCUGGUCACUAUCAAGGGUCCGUCUGAUAGCGCUUACGAUGGAGGACUGUUUCAUUUGGAAUUGUUUCUGCCCGAGGAUUAUCCGAUGACGGCUCCUAAAGUUCGAUUUACAACCAAGUUAUAUCAUCCAAAUGUGGACAAACUCGAUAAGUGGAGUCCGGCACUUCAGAUCCGAACCGUUCUGUUGUCGAUUCAGGCACUGUUAAGCGCUCCAAAUCCAGAUGAUCCCUUGGACAACGACGUAGCUUCUCACUGGAAGCAGAACGAACACGAAGCUCUCGAGAAAGGUGGGAGCAAGUAUCUGUUUUGCCGUUCCAUCAU